AUGGAUUCUACCAAUCUGCCAUGGACGAUCAAUCUACCAUUGAUGACCUCUCUGCCAUGGACAAUCUUUUCUAAUCCGUUCGCUAUGGCAGAUCCGCAGGUAUUUACCAACAUUUAUCCUAAGCCAUCGACUGCUUCCCAAGUCUUCCGCAACAUUUAUCCCUCACACGACGGUCAAUUCUCCCCAAAUCUUCUUCAGAGAUCAUCUUCUUCAACCUAUCUGCAAUUAACGUCGCUACCAUGGAUGACCUCUCUGCCAUGGAUGAUCUAUCUUAAUCCGUGGCAUAAAUCUGUAAGUUUAAAUGCUAGGCCUCUCUCCAACGGAUCUGCAAAGAUCGUGUUCUUCAACCUUCAAAUGCCAUCAACGAUCUCUGUUUCUGCGUCUUCUACUG